CGCACGUGCCUUUUUUGAACCUGCCUUGUUCGUUAUAAAAAAUCUUUUUCUACUUUGAUUUAGUUCCGUGGUUUUUGCGAUGAGUUUGAGAACGGAUAAGAGGUUUGCAGACCUCGGCCUCACGGCGUGGAUCACACGGCAGACGGAGAAAUUAGGACUCCGUCGUCCGACUCCAAUUCAGGUGGAGUGUAUUCCACGAAUAUUGCAGGGCCAGGAUUGCAUCGGGGCAGCCAAGACCGGAUCAGGCAAAACGUUCGCCUUUGCGUUGCCGAUUCUGCAGAAGCUGAGCGAAGAACCGACCGCCAACUUUGCGCUGGUGCUUACGCCGACCCACGAGUUGGCUCAUCAGAUCGCGGAACAGUUUAUCGUAGCGGGACAACCGAUGAAUGCGCGCGUUUGUGUUGUCACAGGAGGAACGGACCAGUUGCUCGAAGCACAGAAAUUACAGAGCAGACCACACAUUAUCGUGGCCAUGCCGGGUCGAUUGGCGGACCAUUUGAAUGGCUGCAACACGUAUUCUUUCGCCGCCCUUCAGUUUCUCGUCGUGGACGAAGCAGAUCGAGUGCUCAGUGGAAGCUUCGAUGAUGAUCUAAGAGUAAUCGAUCGGUUCUUACCAGCGAAACGACAGAAUCUUUUCUUCUCGGCUACGAUGAAGGAUUUCCUCAAAACUUCGAUCGUGUUCCCGAUCGCUCAGGACGUGUUCGAGUGGUCCGAGCAAUCCGAGGUUGCUACGGUGGAAACACUGGACCAGCGGUACAUUCUCUGCGCUGACUACGAUCGUGAUAUGGUGCUGACUGAAGCGUUACGAAAGUUCAAGGAAGAGAACGAAGAUGCCAGCGUGAUGAUCUUUACCAACUCCAAGAAAGACUGCCAGGUUCUCUCGACGACCCUGAGUUCAAUCGGGUUCGAUAACGUGUGCCUCCAUGGCUUCAUGCGCCAAAAGGAACGUGUGGCCGCGCUGAACCGUUUCAAAUCGAAACACGUACGCAUACUGAUCGCAACGGAUGUCGCCAGUCGUGGUCUUGACAUUCCAGAUGUACAGCUGGUGCUUAACCAUCGGUUACCGAAAAUGCCUAAUGAAUACAUUCACCGAGUAGGGCGCACAGCACGAGCAGGACGUUCCGGUAUGGCCAUUUCCAUCUUUAGGUUCCCACGUGACUUGGAGUUUCUUGGAGAAAUUGAAGCCCUCAUCAACACGAAGCUAACGGAGCAUCAAAUUGAUCAACGAUUGGUCGAGCGAAUCUUUAUGCAAGUGAGCGUGGCCCGGCGCGAGGCAGAGAUGAGCCUUAACAACGAAGACUUUGACGAGCGACAGCAGCGAUAUCGUCGAGUGCGCUGGACCCAGGAGGGUCUCGAUCCCGACGAGAUGGAGGCGAAGUGGCGCGAGGAAAAGGAGGCACGUGCAAAGGAGCGAAGAUUGCGUUUGAAGCAGGAAAACGAAGAGCGGCGACGACGGGAGGAGGAACUCAAACAAUCGGUCGUGGCGAAAGAUAGCCGUUUCCAGAAGGCCGCUACGGAUAAAAAAUUCAAGAAGGCCAAGUUUGUCACAACCGAGAAGCUGGACGAGCUGGUCGUCCAACGGAAGAUGGAACCCAGCAAGGCGAAGGGGAAACAUCCACGGAAGAAGCCGCAAUUGAAGAAGUCACAAUAA